AUGAUUCGAUCCAAGCGUUCACCGAUGCUUGGAAGAAUCUCCCAGAUCGCUACGUCACACGAGGCUGAACGGCCAACGCCGCUGCAGAUGCGGAGGCUCUUCGUCAUCUCAGCAGUUCCAUUUGUGGCAUUUGGGAUCGUGGAUCAAAGCGUUUUGCUUUAUGCGGGUGAUGCAAUCGACAACACUUUGGGAGUUGCGCUGGGCCUUCCAACCCUCGCCGCUGCAGCUAUGGGCCAAGUCAUGAGCGAUACCUGUGGGGUUGCCUUUGGUGGCACCAUCGAAGCAGCAGCUUUGAAGCUUGGGUUGCCGUUGCCGGGUCUCACAGAAGCGCAACAGCGCUUAGGAAGUGUCAAGCGGGUAUCAACUUUUGGUGGUGUUUGUGGGGUAAUCUUGGGCUGCUUUAUAGGCAUGGGAAAUUUGUUGCUGAUCGACCUCAAGGCGGCAGAACGUGCAAAGAAGGAAAAGGAACUUGCCAAGAUCAUGAAGACCAUCAUGGAGGAUGGUCGUGCAGUGUUGCACUGUGACAGAGCAACGCUCUGGGCAGUCGAAGAAGAGGUCGGUGAACUGUGGAGUACGUUUGCAGACGGCAUCCAGGGCACGAUGCGCAUCCCGAAGUCGGAAUCAAGUUUGGCGGGAUGGGCCGCUUGUAACAAAGAGUUGGUGAACAUUCCGGAUGUGACACAAGAUCCCAGGGCCGUCAAGAUGAUGGCUGGUCACACUGCUAUGUUCAUGGCGCAGCUGAUGAUCAAUUCGACGCUGCCGAGGAAGAGUCGUUUGUGCUUCCGGUCCUACGACAAGGCAAGUGCGGUGGCGACAGUGGCUGUUCCCACAAGCUACAAAGGCAACAUUGGGAUGCCGGACAGAAUGGCAGCUCGGACCGACCCGUUCCUCACAGAUGUCGAGGUUCCGGACUACAAGGCUACGGCAUCACAGGUCGAAGCAGCCCGUCGCGAGCACAUGGUGAGCCAGGAGGUCGCCGUGCUUAUCUUUGUGCCAUGGUCAUGCUAUGUUUUCAUGGUGCUCGCCUUUGCCUUGCCCCCGUCAGGAAUCCUGUGGAGCCUGUUGGCCGGCGUAUCCUGGCUUGCCAGCCUGCUGGUGGCACGCCAAGCCUACGAGAGACAUCUCCGAGGUGCCAGCCCAGUUUACAAGCUGCUGGCCCUGAUGGUGCUGUUGAGCUGCGUGGCAGGGCCACUAGUUGGAGCUCAUAUCGAACAGAGGAAGAUGGCCAGCUACUGGAUGCACAAAACAGGUGUAACCUACCGCGACGUGGUUCCGACCAAGCCGUCCGAUGCCUACCAGGAUGCAAGCAUUCUGGACUUCUCGGCCAGUGCGCGUUUGGACCUUCAGAGAACUCUCGGGAUGCGCUCUCCGGGCUCCGGCAUGACAUAUUGCAUCGCGCCAGUGAUUGAUACCUCAUCGUCAACAAAGCAGGUGAACUAUUUCGCUGCCGACGUGAAUUGCUGUGAGCCACGUCGCAGUUUCCUUUGCGGUGAUACCGCGAAGGCGGAUGCCAGGACUGGGGUGGUUUUGCCCGCGAAAUCUUCUCAGCAUGCUGCAGACAGGUGGCAGCACUUCUUCAAGGCCGCCCAGCAGGCUGCGGAGGUCUAUGGCUGGGAUCUGCCCGAUCGACCUAUAUUCGUGCGUUGGUUUGAAGAUGCCGAAGGUGUUCAGUCAGAGCUUCUACACCAGGGUUUGGUGGAGACCUUCGUCCAGUGCUUUGCGGGGCUGUGCGCCGCGGUGAUUGUGGCAAUGUGGCUGCACUGGUCCUUGUCCUACUAUGUGCAGGACAAGAGAGCUGAUCGCAGCAAGAUGAACUUUUUCGAGGCUACGUCCAUCUCAAGGAGCUAUUUGGAGAAGGUGGAGCAGGGCGAAGCCAGGCUCCUGCCCGAGUGCCGUGAGGAGCUGGAGCGUGUGCUCGGGGUGCCGUUGAAGCGGCGGCGCAAAUCUCGAUUAGACAGAACGCCUUGA